AUGACGUCGAAGAUAACAGUGCACCAGUUGAGUGGAGACAUUUCUACAGUUGACACGUGGCCAGAGAUGACGGUGGGCGAGAUGAAGCGGCAAGUGAAAGCAUUGCAAACAUGGGCAGACGAUUUGACGAGAAGAACAACCUUGGUGCACCUAUUGGUUGAAGAUACGAAGUUAGUGGAUGACAGUCAGACGCUGAUGGAGGUUGGGGUUUUGGGAGAUGCAGACAUCAGGGUGUUGUUCAAUGAGCGCUUCGUGGAAUGUAUCGCAGCAGAGGAGGCCCCCUGCCCUUUGCACAAUGACUGUGAUGACGACAAUGAUGACUCACUGUUCUCGCUGAAGAUUCCAGAUGGUGCUGCUGCAAUUCCUACAGGGGCCUUCUCUGGAAGCACAUCUGUAGGCAGGCUAAUAAUUCCC